AUGUUACCAAACUUUUCGCUCAGAGGCCGGACGGCGGUCGUCACCGGAGGUGUGGGCGGGAUGGGAACCAGCUUGACGAGGGCGCUGGUCGACCACGGCGCCAACGUGGCCGUGUUCGACCUGAGGAUGCCCGAGGGGGAGUUGCUGGAGGCGGCAAAGGCCAAAUCUGUCAAGGUCCGGGGUUACAUCGUCGAUGUCACGUCCAUGGAGUCCCUCACGAAUGCGUACACCCGGGUGGAAAAGGACUUUGACGGCAAACUGGACAUUUUUGUGGGCGCCGCCGGCAUCAGUCAUGUCGUCGAUUUUCUCGACGUCGACUGGGAGUCACACCUCAAGGUCAUCACGGUCAACCAGAUGGGUCUGUACCACAGUGCUCAGCUGGCCGGCCGGCUGAUGAUCAAGAGCGGCACCAAGCACGGCAGUAUGAUUCUGAUCGGCAGCGCCUCCGCGACCAACGCCCCGCGAUCGGUCAACACGUCGGCGUACAACUCGACAAAGGGGGCCGUUGUGGCCAUGACCAUGGCCAUCGCCAAGGAGAUGGGGGUUCACGGCAUUCGUGUCAAUUCCGUGUCACCCGGCUAUUGUAUCACGCCUCUGACCCGAGAUUACCACCAACUACAUGAGGCUUGGGCUAAGGAGAGUAUGUUGGGUUUCGUGCCGGACGGCGAUGACAUCGCUGGGACGUGUAUCUUCCUCGCUGGUGACGCGAGCCGGGCCAUCAACGCAUUCGAUCUCGUCAUCGACGGCGGCGCGACCAAGUGGUAG